ACGAGCGGAAUCAAUUAGGGAUGGGAAUGGGAAUCGUCUUCAGAGGGAAUUGAUGCCCUUGACCCGGUGACGGCUCAGGAAUUAUUCCAUUAUUUAUUUUACUUUGCGCCGUUCAGAUUUUCGAUUGAAGAUGAGGUCCGUGUUCGUCCAUCUUCUCUACCAUUUGCUGUUGACCAGAAUUAUUUAUGGUAGCGGAGUGACGAACGGUUUGAGAUGGGUGAGGGUGAAUCUACCCCAAUACAGGAAGCCCGGAGAGCUCGCCCAGCUGCAGUGCGACUACGACCUAGGGAAUGACACCCUAUACGCCGUCAAAUGGUACAAAGAGCACGAGGAGUUCUAUCGAUACGUCCCAAAGGCCCGACCCCAGGCCAACAGCUACAAAGUCGAGGGUGUACACGUUGACAUGUCUUUGUCGGACAACGCCAAGGUUGUUUUACGCGCUGUCAGCCUGAAGACUAGUGGACUUUACAGCUGCGAAGUCUCCGCAGAAGCCCCAAGCUUCGCUUCAGCACAAAGCGAAGCCCGAAUGGAAGUAGUGUGUAAGUCAUAA